GUCAACUCUCAUCCAAGCGUGUACGGCGGUCAUAUUUGCCCUUCUGCUAUGUGUGUUCGAGCCUACUUCACCGUGCAAUACCAAGUUGCCCCCUCCAGGACCCCGCUUAUUGCAAGCAAAAGCGCUUUUUGGUGAAGCAAUGCGAGAGUGUAAGAAGGAACUAGUGGCAUACGCAAAAAAUGUGCCGCCUCACCUGCUUCGCAAGAUUAUACCCAUUUCAUGUGCUGUCUACAACGAAUGCAGAUGGAUAUCUCAAGGCAAAGACCUUAAGCAGGUGAUAGACUGCUGCAUAUCAGCAUACCAAAACAAGAGCGCCCCCUUUUACACCAGGUUGAACUUGUCAGUAGCGUACGGACAAGCUGCAGAAAAAACCUUGGUAUGCCUACUCAAAGGUGCCCAAGAUCGCCGCAUCAGUCUGCAGGCCUUUGACGACGCCGCCACAUUUACACGAAGAGCCGUCCUAGCGUAUGGAUGGACCUGAGUUGAGAAUACUCGCAGACAAUAUUCGGCCUCAACAGAGCCAAUUUGCUAGAUUGCUGUUCUGCACCAGUGUACUACUCCGCAAGCUUUAUUGUUGUAAAGUGCCCAUGGAAGUUGUCAUCUCUGACACUUAAUUCUAUUUCAAUAAAAUAAAUUGUU